UCUUCCUAUCUGGCUAUGAUCUAUCAACAAAAGGACCAAAUGGAUAUCUCAUUUCAGAAACAAACCAACACCUCAAAAAAUUUCAUAAAUAGCACGAGUCUGAUGAACCUGCAAAACAGCAGAAAAUCUUCAAAGAGUUCAGCGGGCACCAGUGUGGUUCCGAACACACAAACAUUAAUGCUCAUGCAACUCACCUUAAUAGAGCUACUGCUACUAGCAGCAGCCACUUCAUCCCAAGCCACACAAUUCAUCCCUCCUCCUCCGUCGUCUCCGCCCCUUGAUCAAGUUGGAGUCAAGCCGGGUUGCCAAGCCAAAUGUGGGAAUGUUAGCAUCCCAUAUCCAUUUGGUACAACCCCAGAUUGUUACUACAACGAGGAUUUCCUUAUUACUUGCAAUGACACACACUACAACCCUCCAAAGCCAUUUCUUGGAGAUAGUAACAUUGACGUCACAAACAUAUCUGUCGACGGGAAGCUGCAUAUUCUACAAUAUAUAGCCAAAGAUUGUUACAACGAAUCAGGUGUGUCCACGGAAAGCAACACUCCUUAUAUCCAACUGCCCAACUUCUUCAUAUCUGACACCGAUAACGUGUUUGUGGUGGUUGGUUGCGACACCACCGCUGAAAUUGUGGUUUUCCAAGGAGAAGAUUAUGGGUACACAGGUGGGUGCAUUACAAAAUGUGACAGCAUUAAUUUUGUUGCCAAUGAUUCGUGCUCCGGUGUAGGCUGUUGCCAAACAUCGAUCGCUAAAAAUACGGAUUAUUAUCAAAUAAGCGUGAAUAGUUAUAAUAAUCACAAGGGUGUGUGGGACUUCAAUCCCUGCAGCUAUGCCUUUGUUGUCGAACAGAGCAAGUUCAACUUCUCUUCGAAUCUGCUGACCGAUUUGAACGACGUGGAAGAGCUUCCGGUGGUUCUAGAUUGGUCAAUUGGGAAUGAGACAUGCAGCAAGGUUGUUGGAAACAAACAAGUGAUGAAUUACGCAUGUCAUGGGAACGAAACAUGUAUCGAUGUCAAGAAUGGUGGGGGUUAUCGCUGCGAGUGCCAAAACGGUUACCGAGGGAAUCCAUACCUUGAGGGAUGCCAUGACAUUAAUGAAUGUGAGGAUGCAAAACUCAAUAACUGCGAACAGAUAUGUACUAAUACAGAUGGAAGCUAUGCUUGUUCUUGCCGCAAGGGGUACUAUGGCGAUGGUAGAGUAGACGGAGAAGGUUGCACCCAUAAACCAACAUUACAUAUUCAGAUUAUCAUUGGAAUCGGGGUUGGCCUCAUAGCCUUGCUAAUGGGAAGCUCUUGGUUGUAUUUGGGCUACAAAAGAUGGAAGCUCAUAAGGCUGAAGGAGAAGUUCUUCAGGCAAAAUGGAGGACUAAUGCUACAACAACAACUUUCAGAACGACAGGGAUCCACUCGCGAAACAGCCAAAAUCUUCACAGCAGAAGAACUUGAGAAGGCCACAAAUAAUUACAAUGAGUCUAAAAUCAUUGGCAGAGGAGGUUCCGGUACAGUGUACAAAGGAAUUUUAGUAGACGGCCGAGUGGUUGCUAUCAAGAAGUCCAAAAUGAUGGAUCAAAGCCAAAUAGAGCAAUUCAUAAAUGAGGUACUGGUGCUUUCACAGAUCAACCAUAGGAAUGUGGUUAAGCUUUUAGGUUGUUGUUUCGAGACACAAGUUCCACUGCUAGUCUAUGAGUAUGUAACAAAUGGAACACUCUCUGACUACAUCCAUAAUACAACCAAGGAAUCCAAACCAAACACCUCGUGGGAAAUCCAUCUAAAGAUAGCUUCAGAAACAGCUGGAGUGCUGUCAUACUUGCACUCUGCGGCUUCUGUUCCUAUCAUUCACAGAGAUGUCAAGUCUACAAACAUACUCUUAGAUGAAAACCUCACAGCCAAAGUGUCUGACUUUGGAGCCUCGAGAUUGGUUCCGUUAGGCCAAGAUCAGUUGUCCACAAUGGUGCAAGGAACUAUGGGGUAUUUAGACCCCGAAUACAUGCAGACAAGCCAAUUGACUGAGAAAAGCGAUGUCUAUAGUUUCGGGGUUGUCCUCGUAGAGCUAUUGACAAGAAAGAAGGCGGUUUUCUUUGACAAGCCGCAGGAAAAGAUAAAUUUGGCUAUGUAUUUUCUGUCAGCAUUGAAAGAUGACCGAUUGCUGCAAGUUCUAGAUGAUUGGAUUGUGACUGAGGCAAACAUUGAGCAGCUUAAAGAAGUUUCUAAACUUGCAAUGAGGUGUUUGAGAGUAAAAGGGGAAGAAAGACCAACGAUGCAGGAAGUUGCUAUGGAACUAGAGGGACUGAGAAGGAUGGUAUUGCAUCCAUGGGUGAAUGAUGAAUUCAUUUCAGAAGAGACUCAGCACUUGCUUGGUGGAAUAUCAAUGGAAACUAUUAGUUAUGAAGGAGGUGGCGAUUCAGGUUUAGGGUAUGAUACAAUGAGGAACCACGUCGCAUUACCAGUUAAUGGUGGGAGAUGAUUGUGCCAGUGAACAGGUCUGUUUUAUAAUUUUAUUGUGGGUGUUUGUGUGCUUGUUUUGCCUAAUGUUCGAUGGAGUGAUAUCUAUCAGUUAAUUAAUUUUAAUUACCUUGUAUAGUUUGGAGUAAAUGUAACUUUAUAGUGAAUGGAAAAAAAGUUGUACUUAAUGAUUUGUA